AUGAUAAUAAAAGCCGUUAACGGUCGGUUUGCUGGGGCGUGUCAUGAUUCACAUGUUUGGAAUUUGUCAAGCGAGCGCCAAGAUUUACAAACCAACUAUGUGAAUGGAGAAAUAGGAAUUCGCAUUCUUAGCGACUCUGGAUAUCCGCUUGAGCCAUGGCUUUUAACUCUAUACAGAAAUGCUGCUGAAAACUCUGCUGAAAAUUACUACAUUAUAAAAUUUUCAAAAGCCAGACCCCAUAUCGAACGAGUAUUUGGAGUAUUAAAAGCGCUUUUCCGAUGCCUUUUAGCUGCUAGAGAACUACAUUAUGCCCCAGAAAAAGUGGUGCAAAUUUUGAACGUAUGUUGUACUCUUCAUAAUAUUUGCACUCCUUUUAAUGAGGAAUCACGUGCCAAUAUAGCAAUAGAAGUUGAAAAAGUCGAUGUUAGUUAUACUGAAACCAUAGGAAAUGCGAAUGAAACCAAUAUUGCUAAACGUUUAAGGGAUCAAAUAAAAAACAGUAUGAGUACUUUAUAAACAUAUAACUCUAUUUAAUAAAGUAAACUUUUUAA